GGGAAAUGCUGCGCAAACCGUAUUGUCCACAUUGCUCCCUCCCCCCUCCACAUCUACCCUCCCACUCGCUGUGUGUGUGUGUGUGUGCUUUACAGGAAGGGGGGGUUAGUGUUCAUCUUGUCUGGCACCGGUGGGAAGCGCUACUGCUUUAGUGCACAGGCGAUGAAGCCGGCGACAGCUCGGCAGCCCGACAGCUCCAGCCGCCCGCUGUCGCUCGCUUAAAGCGGAGAGCAGCCGGUGUCUACCCACCCACCCUCCCGCCCGCCAUGAGCGGCCAGUCGGCCCGUCUGCUUGCACCUCGCCGCUUGUCGCUCAGUGCCCCGGCGCUGGGCACACACCGGCUCCAGCCCCCAACCCAGCGCUCGCUGCUCGCCACCGCCGCCGCCACCGCCACCGCCGGACAGCGCUGACUCCGUUGUUUGUGGGGAAGAGCAGACCCAGACCGUGGAUCGCGGCUGGGGGAGGCAGGAGGAAAGGUCGAGAGGAUGUCUUCGGGCAGCUCGCAGCCGGCAGGUGCCGCUCAGCCCCGCGGCCCGGAGCCCGUCUCCGGACAGUCCCGAAGUUUGCCCGAGUUGAACGAUGCGUGUGACUGGAUCCCGGGAGCCGAGGCAGCGGAGCCGGCAGCAGAUGCCAGGGGCGCCCGUCUGGCCGCCUUCACCGGCGGCUGGACAUCACCGGGGGCGGUGGGGCCGGAGGAAAGCCGGUGUCGGUGGCCGGUGUUCGGCGAUUCUCGCUGCUUCCUGGCGUGCAUGUGUAGCCUGACCUUCAUCCAGUCGCUCAUGGUGUCCGGCUACCUCAGCAGCGUCAUCACCACCAUAGAGAAACGCUACAACCUGAAGAGCUCCGAGUCCGGGCUCCUCGUCAGCUGCUUCGACAUCGGCAGCCUGCUGGUGGUGGUCUUCAUCAGCUACUUCGGGGGUCGGGGCCGUAGACCCCGAUGGCUGGCGGUGGGCGGCUUUCUCAUCGCGAUCGGAGCCGCUCUCUUCACCCUCCCUCACUUCAUCUCUCCUCCUUACGAGGUCCAGGAGCUGAACACGACCUCGUCCGGACAAGGGUUGUGCAGCGCCAGCAACAGCACCAGAGACUCUGAGUCCGGCUGUGCGGGGAGAGACUCCUCUGGCCAGCAGCACUCGCUCUAUGUGGCUCUAUUCGUCUGCGCUCAGCUGCUCAUCGGGGUGGGCUCGACCCCUAUCUACACGCUGGGCCCCACAUAUCUGGACGACAACGUGAAAGCCGAGAACGCAUCCCUCUACUUGGCUAUAAUGUAUGUAAUGGGAGCAUUGGGCCCUGCAGCAGGAUACCUCCUUGGCGGUGUAUUGAUUGGCUUCUAUGUAGAUCCCCGGGGCAUAGUUCAGAUUGAUCAGAGUGAUCCACGCUUCAUUGGAAAUUGGUGGAGUGGAUUUUUGCUUUGUGCAAUCACCAUGCUCCUUGUUAUAGUGCCAAUGUUUGCUUUCCCUCAAAAAUUACCACCUCGGCAAAGGACGAAGAAGAAAAUGGUCUCAAAUGAUCUAAAGAGCGAUGAUGAGAUGAUAAAAGGGAAAGCAGAGAGCAGAGACUACAGAAAAAGUACCGUGACUUCAUCGAUGGGCUUUGGAAAGGACAUUAAAGACAUUCCCAAAGCAGCUGUCAGGAUCUUGAGCAACAUGACAUUCCUGUUUGUGAGCUUGUCAUACACUGCAGAAAGUGCCAUCGUCACCGCUUUUAUUACCUUCAUUCCCAAGUUUAUUGAAUCUCAGUUUGGCAUCCCAGCAUCUAAUGCAAGCAUUUACACUGGUGUGGUCAUUGUUCCCAGUGCUGGUGUUGGCAUUAUCCUAGGGGGCUACAUUAUUAAAAAACUCAAGCUUGGUGCCCGAGAAUCAGCUAAACUUGCUAUGAUAUGCAGUGGUGUUUCUUUGUUGUGCUUCUCCACACUCUUCAUUGUUGGCUGUGAAAGCAUUAACCUUGGGGGCAUUAAUAUACCAUACACCACAGGCCCUUCACUUACAAUGGCGCAUAGAAACCUAACCGGUGACUGCAAUGUUAACUGUGGGUGCAGAAUCCAUGACUACGAACCUGUCUGUGGAUCAGAUGGGAUUACAUACUUCAGUCCUUGUUUGGCUGGCUGCUCGAUCCUCGUCAAUGAAAGCACAAGGAUGAGGAACUACACUGACUGUACCUGUGUUCAAAGUCGGCAGGUGAUAACCCCGCCUACAACAGGGCAGAAAAAUCAGCUCCGACUGGUUAUUGUGAAAACAUACCUGAAUGAGAAUGGGUAUGCAGUGUCCGGCAAGUGUGAGCGGACAUGCAACACACUCAUCCCUUUUCUAAUAUUUCUCUUCAUCGUCACACUAAUUACAGCUUGUGCACAGCCAUCGGUUAUCAUCGUAACACUCAGGUCUGUAGAAGAUCAGGAGAGACCUUUUGCGCUGGGUAUGCAAUUUGUUCUCUUACGAACUCUUGCUUACAUUCCAACUCCAAUUUACUUCGGAGCUGUGAUUGACACAACUUGCAUGCUUUGGCAACAGGACUGUGGCAUCGUCGGCUCCUGCUGGGAAUAUGAUGUGACUUCCUUCAGAUUUGUCUACUUUGGACUGGCAGCGGGCCUCAAGUUUGCCGGAUUUAUCUUUAUCUUCUUUGCCUGGCACUCAAUCAAGCAUAAAGACAACCAUUUGCAAAGGUGGAGACAGAGAGCCUCACCCAUAAGCACUGUCAGUGAACUGGUCAGCAACCCAGGGUCCCACCACAACUAUGAACAGACUCGAUCGUGCCCUGCCUUUCAAAUACGUGCUGAACACAGUGAAUAUCUACGACAGUCUGGAACAGUCCAAUAUGUAGCAUAGAACAUUCCCUGGAAGAUCCAAGGAAACAGUUACAAUGGACAAUAUGUUGGUUGAUUAUUGGUGAAUUCAUAAAUGUGUUGUCGUAGAGAUUUAGUUGUCAAAAAAAGUACAUAGUUCUGAAGUUUAGUUCUUUGGCAAAAGUACCCUUUGGAAAGUUUCUCCAGGUAAACGACUAAACCUGUGCCUUUUUAAUUUAACAAGUGACACCCACUGAGUAUAAGAAACAGAUUAUCAUAUGAACUCUGGCACACUGGAGGGCUGGAUACCUCAAUGUGAUUAAAAUUCUAAGAAAA